AUGGAUAAUUCGACGAAUUUCUUCUUCACUAUCUCUCCUUCCAAAUCUCCCUCAUCCCUUCUCUCCGAUUUCCAGUUUGUAUUUAUUUCUUUUUCUUUCCUUCUCUCCUUCUAUCUCUCUCUCUCUCUCUCACUCUCCCUAUCUUUUUCUAUCACUCUGUUUUUAAAUUACUCUCUUUCACUUUUGUCUGUAUGUUCCCAAAUCUCUCUCGCCAUUUCUUCAUUCACGAUAUAUUUCCGUUUCUUUCCCAAUCUAUACCUCUUUUUACUUUAUUCUUCUUUCUUUCUUUCUUUCUUUCUUUACGAUAUUAUUUCUUUCUUUCUUUCUUUACUGUAUCAUUUAAUCUUUCUUUUAGUCUGCAGCUGUUGGCUUUUCUCUUUUUUUCUUUACUAUAUUAUUUCUUUCUUUCCUCUAUUUCUCGGCUUCUUUCGUUCUUUCUUUCAUAUAUUCUUUCUUUCCUUUCUUUUCUCUUCUUUUCUUUCUUUCUUUCUUUCUUUACUCUUCUUUCGUUCUUUCUUUAAUAUAUUCUUUCUUUCCUUCUUUCUUUCUUUGUUUCUUUUACUUCCAUCCAUUCUUUCUUUCUUUCUUUUACUUCCAUCCAAUCUCUCUUUUUUAUACUUUCAUAUUUUCAUCCUUUCUUUCUUUCUUUCUUUCUUUCUUUCUUUCUUUCUUUCUUCCUUCUUUCUUUUAGACCUCACUUCUUUCUUUUUUCUUUCUUUCUUUGCUAUAUUAUUUUUCUUUCUUUUACUCAUCAGUUUCUUACAAUCUUUUUCUUUCUUUCUUUCUUUCUUUCUUUCUUACAUUAUGUCUUUCUUUCUUGAUUGCCUUUCUUCCUAUCUUUCUUUCUUAUAUUAUUUCUUGAUUGUCUUUCUUUCUUCCUUAUAUUAUUUCUUUCUUUCUUUCUUUUUAUCAUUGUCUUUCUUUCUUUCUUUCUUUACUUGA